AUGAACGCGUCACGUCUGCCAGGGUUCAAUGACACCAACCAAGACCCGCCAUUCCCGACGUCCUCGGAAUGGUACGACGGCAACUGUUCGUGGGUGGACGCCGUGGCGUGGGGCUGCAACGGCACCAUCAAUGGCACCAGCACCAACUCCACCACCACCGAUGUCACGUCGUUCGUCCUCAUGGCUGUUACCUCUGUGGUGCUAGCUCUUAUCAUUCUUGCUACUAUUGUAGGUAAUGUGUUCGUGAUAGCAGCUAUAAUAAUCGAGAGGAAUCUGCAAAACGUAGCCAACUAUCUGGUCGCGUCGCUUGCGGUCGCAGAUUUGAUGGUUGCGUGUCUUGUUAUGCCGCUAGGAGCGGUUUAUGAGGUUAGUCAAGGCUGGAUCCUGGGUCCGGAGCUGUGUGACAUGUGGACCUCCAGCGACGUGCUAUGCAGUUCCGCAUCUAUUCUUCAUCUUGUUGCUAUAGCUACUGACAGGUAUUGGGCUGUGACAGACGUAGACUACAUACACAUACGCAAUGAAAAGCGUAUAUUCACGAUGAUCGUGCUGGUCUGGGGGGCGGCACUAGUCGUGUCACUAGCUCCCCAGCUCGGCUGGAAAGAUCCAGACUACCUCGCCAGAAUUACACAACAACAGAAGUGCCUCGUCAGCCAAGACCUGGCGUAUCAAAUAUUUGCGACAAUGUCGACGUUUUAUGUCCCUCUUGCUGUUAUCCUCAUCUUGUACUGGAAGAUCUUCCAAACUGCCAGGAGACGUAUCAGGAGGAGACGUGAACCUCCUCCUCCUAGACCUACAUCAGCGGACGGCGCCCCGCCUUCUGGACGACCAGUCCAAUCAGCAAGGGACCGAAGGUUUGUUAAGAAACGGUUCCUCAACUUAAAGAAGUGCAAUCAACGGACUCGUGCGGAGACGUUGGCUGCUGCCCUGUUGUUAACUGAAGGUCAGAGCACCUCAACUGUGGACACAUUGGACGAAGAGCCAAGGACCACUGCGUUCACAAUCAACGAGAAGGCGCCUGCUUCAGUCUCCCCAGAAAAGUCUUCCUCGACUGUUACUAAUGGCUCGAAGCCUGAACGAGCAAUCGUCCCCGCUCCUACGCACAGAGAGAAGAAAGAAUCUCUAGAGGCGAAACGAGAGCGAAAGGCAGCGAAGACGCUCGCUAUCAUAACAGGAGCAUUCGUGUUCUGCUGGCUUCCAUUCUUCAUAAUGGCAUUGGUGAUGCCAAUCUGUCAAACGUGUGUUAUCAGUGAUUACCUAGCUAGUUUCUUUUUAUGGCUAGGCUACUUUAAUUCGACCCUAAACCCUGUAAUAUAUACAAUCUUCAGCCCCGACUUCCGCCAGGCGUUCGCGCGUAUUCUUUUCGGCACUCAUAGACGGGGCCGUAUGGACUAUGGACUAUGUUACUCAACCUAUAUGUAUGAUAUUUCGCUUUCUGUAUGUUAUACAUACUAA